AAUUCAAGUGCUAAAACUUCACUUCAAAUGUUGAAUUUUUCUGUGUAUUUUUGUGUUUUGACUGUAUAACAGAUUGUUUUCAGACUUCCCAACCCAGCUCAGGAAAAGGACUUCUGUUUUAAAAAUAGCUUUGCCAUCAAUACAGAAAUUUGUGUGACUUUACCAAAAAACCUUUAUGAAAAACCUACCCCAUCCAAAAGUCCUCCAAGAAACUCUCAUGAACAACAAAGUCUCAUUCUAAAGAUAUGACAUGCAUGGUUACAGUUCCUGAUUUUUCAGUAUUGUUGGCAUGAUGGAAUAAGGUUAGGUUUUGAUCUCUCCCUGCUUAAAACAACCAUUUGAAACAAUUCAGUAAAAGACAAAUAAAAGUGUAUGGAAAUGCCAGACCUGUAAGGCUUUACUUCGUGUUAAGACAGGAGGGAGCUUUUGGUCUGAAUGGAGAGAGACAGCAUGCCAAGGCGCAGGAUGACAAGGAGGUAUGCUCCAGACAAGGCAACCAGAGAAGUAAUACAGAGAAAUGACAGGGUUCUUGUGUGAACACACAAAUGCACAUUUGUAGUACAUUUUGAAUAAGUUUCUUGGUAGCACCUGUUAGCUAGCUCAUGAGUAAAUACCAGUCUAGACACUGCAGUAAGCUUUAUAUAUGACUUCAUGGCCAAGAUAAAGAACAACUGCUACAUCAUUGAAUAAUUUUUGGGAUCUACAGUUUCAUGCCAUAUUAGCUGAUCAACAUAAAUACAGUACAAAAUCCAGGUGCAGAAGUAUGAAACCAAGCGAAAUGGGAAUACUCACUCACUUCUUUUUACCAGAUUUGGGCAUAUUAUUAUUAGGUUAGUGUUAUUGUUAGGCUGCAUUUUCAGUUUGCAUGGCUUACUGUAUGUCAGACUCCUACACUGUCAAGUCUAGACGAAAGUUAUGGAAUAUGCUGGCUAACACAUUCACACAAGUUUCAGUCCCAGCCAAAACAAAGCCAAGGAGGUGCUUUUCAAAGAGGGAACUAACUUCAGAGGUAUCCUUUCAAAUGCGUUGUAUACAGAGAGCAUCACCUACCUUCUCUCCUUCUAGUGCUCUACUCUUUUUCUUUUGUUCUCUUCUAGGAAAGAUCUGGCUAAUGCUGGUAGUUCUGCUGCGAAUGGCAGUGGUGGUGUUAGCAGGCUAUCCACUCUAUCAAGAUGAACAGGAGCGCUUCGUCUGCAACACCCUGCAGCCUGGAUGCUCCAAUGUUUGCUAUGACUUGUUCUCUCCCAUAUCUCACUUCAGGUUCUGGUUCAUACAGACUGUGUCUAUCUUGCUACCUUACACUGCAUUCAGCGUUUAUGUUUUGCACCAGGUAGCAACGUACAUUGUAAGAAAGCACUGUUUGGUGUAUGGAUGCAGAGGGAAUAAGGGUUUAUCAAACUCCAAAGACCUGAAGGAACUCUGUAGGAGUGAUCUUGUCAAUAGAUUGGAUUGUGAUGUGGACAGCCUAGGUGUCCUCAAUUUUUCUGGGGCAUACGCUGUUCCUUUUUUUAGGACACUGAUUGAGGCUGCUUUUGCAGCUGCACAGUAUUUCCUCUUUGGAUUUUUUGUUCCCGAGCGCUUUUCCUGCUACCAUUCACCAUGUACAAGCACAGUUGAUUGCUACAUCUCCCGGCCCACUGAGAAAUCCAUCAUGAUGGUUUUCAUUUGGAGUGUCACCAGUCUGUCCUUUCUGCUCAGCCUUGCUGACCUUGUCUGUGCUCUUCGGCAAAUGACAGCAAGAAGCCAGAGGAACAAGCAGCUGGCCAACCCCCACAGAGAGAAUGAGGGCCUUUUAAAUAUUCCCCCAGCACAGUCUGGUAGCUCUUCCUCUCCCCAAAAUCAAGACUGCCAAGCACUGAAUGGCAGCCAGACCAGCGAUGGCUCCUGCUCACUUCUCUCUGAAGAGGAAGAGGAGGCUGCUCUUCAUCCUGAAGAGGUCUCUCAGCAAGCUGCCAGCACUAACCUUAACAGCCACAGCCAUAAGCCCUGUGUGUCAGGAGAUCUUGCUGUUAAGCAAGAUAGCAUUGAAGAACACCUGUGUGCUGGUGACCAGCAAGGAACUGCAUGCCAACAAGUGAGACCUGGGCUCCAGCAAAGCUUCGUUAAAGAUACUGCCCUGACUUUGAGACCUCAGAUCAAGUCUCACCUUGGAAGUUCUUCCUCUGUAGUUCAGAGCAAGCUUUUAGGAUACUGCCCUUCAGCUGAGCUAAAAAAUCCUGAUGUGCAAUCAAAUUAUAGCAGUACUAGUUGCUUGAGAUCAAAAAAGUCUGAAUGGGUAUAAAGCCCUGAGUGCACCCUAUGCUUUGGGCCAGCAGGACAGAUUGCUGUGCUCCUGAGGGGUGUCAGAAAGUCACAGGGGCAGAGACUUGCUGCUUUGCUGUACGUGGCUAACCAAAGAAGGAGAAACAAACCUCCACUGAGGAGGAAGGAAAAGCUCAAAUGAGAAUUCAAAGGAUACUGCAUUAACUGAACUGUCUUUAUGAAAAUAUAACAUAUUUACACUUUUCCAGCUGUGACUCUAAAAAGCUGUGGACCGUGACUGACCUGUUGUUCUAAGAGUUCAUCUGUACAGUUGUUUGCUCUCACCUACUGCAACAGAUUGAAUUUAGGAAAGGUGUGACUUUUAAGCACAGUUGUAUGUUGUCCACUCUCAGAAGGUUAAUUGAUCUUCUCACAAUAAGCUCCCUAAGUCCACUCUAAGAAAGGACAAAGCAAGAGUAGGUAACAAAUAAAAAUGACUGUGUGGUAACAAAGAAUUAAUAUGCAAAGAAAGCUUGGAUCUUACACAUUUUUCUGUAUUGAAGACCACACCUGCACUCAUUAGCAGCACCAAAGCAGUAAUUGCUCUGGCCCUGAGAUCAGCUGGCACAGCCUGUCUGUGUUACUCAGCUCCAUGAACUCCAAAAUGAGGUGGCUGCAUGGUUGAUUGCUGAGCUGCAGAGCUGCCCAGGAAGCAAGCAGCAGCAGCUUGACAGUGCAGGGCUGAGCUCCAGUGCCCAUGCCCUGGCAUUACUUACUAUGUGUGAUUGUAGAUCUACUAAUGACAUGUCUACAAAGUGUUACAUCCUAAUCUGAAUAGUCGUGCUAGGCUCCCUAUUUCAGCAGGGAGAAUGAUUCAUCUGAUCUGUCCCAGGCAUCCCUUAGGUUAACGUGAGUCACCUUCUGGAUGUACCUAUUUCUACCAUUAUAUGAUUAUCCCAGACCUGAGCUUAGGGAAAAUGAUUUCUAAUCCCAGAGAAGGAUAUAGCAGCAACAUCUAUGCAAGUACUCACUCUGUGACUGACAGACACUAAUCAUUGGAAAACAUGUCUAAAUGGGAUGAAUCACAGAAUAACUUAUUGCUGUCACGCUUUGUGCUUUCCUUCGAUAUGAAUCCUCUUGCAUUUACAUAAGCGUGGUCCAGCAGUGAAGCACGGCAGUGUGUGAGCUGAAUUUCCUCAUACCUGGUAAGUGAAUGUGGGCUGUAAGCUGCACACACCUGCAGGUAUCAGUGGGGGAGGGUGCAGAGCAGAACGUGCUUGGGGAAUGCACCAACAGAAGAGCCUUUACACAGACUGCUCUGCAGGGUGACACAGGCUGGUGUCAGCAGCCUGGAACUGGAGCAGUUCCCACUCCUCUUAGAUUUAUGCAAAGGGAAAAGAAGCUGAGAACCAAUUUGGCCCUCACUUCGCCAUAUAACAUGUAUCUAAUGACUUAAAGGCUGGCUCCUCACCACAGCAACAAGGGAAAACAGCUUUCACUUUUGUCAUGUUCUCUCCUGUGGAUGCACAUGCCUUUGGGACAGUCUGGUUCACAACUGUGUGUAUCACUCCUCACACAUACAAGGUAAAGAUCAGCACUUAAUGAUCCCUUGCCUUCUCCAUCCCUUCAGGAACUGGGAAGCUUACUGGACGGCAGAAUUUACUUUUGUAAAGUGCCUUGCCAACCCUGAAGUGUGCUAAAGAAGGCCUUAAUUGCUACUUUCUAAGCAAUGUUUUCCCCUUCAUUAGCUGUGUUUGUUUCUUUUAUCAUGUGUGCUUGCUGUAUGUUUUGUCAUUUCCAGGACAGAAGUGGCAUUAAUUAUUAAAUUUAUCAUAGGCAGAAAAACAUUAAAUAUUUAAAUUCCUCAUCCUCCAAAGCCUCUGUAGUGGGGUGUGUGCUGAUUACCCACACCAGAACUAAAGACAGCAACAAUGAGACCUUUUGUGAUUCACUGCCUCUCCUCAGCUGUGAGGAGGAAUGGAAGGAACAAAUGCGGAUUCAGGCUGUCGCAUACAUCCCUCGGUGUGAGAUAUAAAUAGGAUGGGAUAAAUAAUAAAAGUACUGUGGCUGGACACAGUUUGCUUAUUUGUGUCCUUAGCUAGACAUCUUUUAGAGCCUCAUUUCCAAUUGAGAAGAUCCUCUUUGUGUCUGGAAUAGAAAGUGAAAUGAGUGAAAAUCUCCCUUAUUCUGUUUGUGGUUUCCGGUCUUGAAACUGUGGCCUGGGUUGUGCCUUUCGGCUGCAGACCUGGCUGCUGCAGGGCCUGGUGCACCCAUCAACUGCUAACAUAAACACCUGUGCACUAACACUGCAGGAUUCGUAUGGUACAAGAGGGAAUAGAUACUUCUGGCAUCAACCACUCACUCGUUAGGGAAUGUCUCUGAGUCUUCUAAUAAUUCUUUGCAAGUUUUGUUUAUUAAAUUAUAAAGGUGUGGUUUUACAAAGCUGGAUGCAUUUACCAGCAAGGGAAGACCAAGGGAAGAUGUGCAGAGAUGUUUGUACUGUCCUGAGCUUCCCCAGCUCAAGCAAAUUAGAAGACACUGCAUCUGCCAUGGGAAUGAGGAAGCACUACAGAUCUCUUUGAAAGAGGGAACACAGAGGAUCGCUCUUCUCCUUACAUUCUCCUUAUUUUCAGUAUCACUGGUUGUUAAGGUAUUAUGAUGAUAUGCUGAUGUCAUUGAAGGAGAGUAAAGGAGUAAUAGGUGUAGAGCAAGGAAAUAACAAGAUUUUAUUCUACGUAAGCAAAGCUUUAGUGUUCAGAUAUUACUUUGUACUCAGAAGAAUAUUGCAAAACCUGCUUGUUAAGUUUGCUGUGUGUCUUUAUAUCACUUCUUAACCCAGCUACUCCAGAAGAGGCAUUUCUGCCUGACCAUAUCACUCUCCUACCAUUGCCCUCAGGAGGCUCUGUCGCUCUAGUACUCUAGGAGGAUGUUGGAGACUUGCACCUUCUAUGUUCUGUACACAGUAAACCAAGUAUCUCUGGGAGUUUGAGCAGGAUCAGCAUGAUUAAGAAACAACAGCAAGGCAUCAGUUCUAUUUCUCAAUAUUAAAUAAGAAUAGGUUUUAAAAAACUGUUUCUGAACUCUUUUCUUUUUUUUUUGCUUUGUUUUAGUUUGAAAUAUGUUUCUUAAUACCAAAAUAAAAGCCAAAUCCCAAGAGUCAAUCAGCUAUAAUCACUUUCUUUCUUCACUCUCUAUGUUGGGUUACUUUGGUUUACUCUCAGCAGCACAGUGGAAAACUAUGACUCUAUUCUCUUGUGAAGUACACUGCAGGCAGGUGUCUGGAGAAUGCAUAAUUUCCCUUUAUCAGCAGUUGCUCUCCAUGAAUCUCUCAGUUCAGACUAUGAUAAGUAUUAAAUCUGAAGUUAACACUGCAGAGAGAUCCUUAGUGUAUUCUUUCAAGUUAUUAAAAUUAUCUGCCCUUUUGUGAUACAUCGUUAUUGCAGUGAUUAUCUUUCUAGCAGGGAUCAUUAAAGGGGAUAUUAAUUGCACAUAAUUUUAUUUUAAUGUCAUUAUUACAAUGAAGAACAGAUAAAUUAUUACUGCUUGUAAUAUUUUAAGAUGAUAAAAAAAUGCAUCUCCAAAAUUAGGAAAGUUGAGUCGUUGAAAGACUGUUCUUUAACUUCUGUCUUUUGUACUGCUCUUAAUAGCCUGUGUUCAGCUGAUAGGGAAGUCAUUUUACAGUGCUCCUACACUGUAAUUGAGUUGCUAAAAUAUUCUGCAAAUUUGAUAGUUUCUGUUCAAAGUCAUAGCAUGAACUCUUGGUUUGUGGUAAUUCUGGAAAAUGAGUUUGGCAAGGCAGAAAUCUAAUCAAAAAGAAUGAAUGGUAUCUUUACGAUUUGUAUUAUCUAGCAUGCAAGUAGCCAGAUUUUGCAUUCAUAUAGCCUUGUCUGCCAGCUUAGGCCCUUCCUUCUCCCACUUCUGUUGUCACAAGAGAUGAUGGCCUUACAUUGCGCAAAGAGAGAUUCAGGUUGGAUAUUAGGAAAGAUUUCUUCUCAGAAAUGGUGAAGCAUUGGCACAGAUUGCCCAGGGAUUGCCUCCGUCCAUGGAGGUAUUCAAGGAAUGUGGAGAUGUGGCACUGAGGGACACAGUUCUGUGGGCAAUGUGGGGGUGGAUAACAGCUGGACUAGAUGAUUUAGCGGUCCUUUCCAACCUUCAUCAUUCUAUGAUUCUUCCAUUUGGGUUGGACAAGCAGGAUAUUCCAGACCUCCAAAUCUCCACAUUAUUAGCAGUGACUUCAUUACAAGAGUUCACAUACAGUGCUAACCCAGAGAAUCAUAGAACCCAACACCUGCUUUCUAAUCCUGCGCCAUUCACAACAUAGAAAUGUCAGAAGACAGAGAGAUGUCUCUGAUUCAGGUUCUGCAGCUAGCACUUGGAGAACUGGGCUAGCUUUGAUAGACAAUUUAUUGAGUGAAGAUGAUGGCAGACUCUGAGCUUUUGUUUAGUUCAUACAAUCUGCCUUCAAAGAAAAGGGUGGAGGCCAGCACUCAGAAAUCCUCCACUUCUAUUUUUACUCUAUGCAUAACUUUUAUCUUGCCUAUGAGACUUUAAGAUCACUCACCAGGUUGUAUUUGGGGAUUCUCUCUCUCUGAAAUUGCUGCUUUUGGCAAAGAAAUAAUCAUAAUGACAAACAGAAAAGUACAUGCUGGUAGAAUGACUUUUUGCAUUCUCCUCUGGUUUUCCUCCUUUUCUUAGUCCCACUGUGCAAUAUGAAAACAAAACAACAACAGGAUAUAACAUUUCUAGAGCCCACUCAGACUUGCUAAGCAAUGCCUUCCUUGUCCUCACAGACGAGGUGCCCAACCUUCCUGCAUUGGAAGACCAUACACACUGUGAUCACCGCUUGUUUCUGGCAUCUGCUCUUUCCUGAGUCUCUGUGCUGUCCUUGAAAGGCUAGAAAAAAGUCAGAGACAGGCAGACGGGCAGCACAUUGGCUAAAAAAAUCCACACUUUUCUCCUGCUUCACAAGCCUCUUCCUAAAGAAAUGUGAACAUAAACACGGAAUAUAUCUAACACAAUUUAUGUAAUGUGGUGCACCGAUAGAUAGCUGUUCACACAGCUUCACCAGAGACUUUCACAUAUGCCUCCAUGCACAAUCUAGGAAAGACCCCAAUCUUUCUUCUGACUGGAGAAAACAACAGAAUUUGAACUGCAUCAAAUUUUAUGCUCCUGUGGAGAGUAAAACUAUUUGAUAUUCGAAAGACGACACUAAAUUAAGGAAUGAUCUAAACAAAGCUUUUUAGUGUUUGGUUGGUUGUUUUUUUUUUUUUGUAUUGAAAAUAGAGAUGGUAACAAUUGUCAGCUUCAUAGUCUGGAACUGAAUUAUGUGAUACACACAGCUCCGUCAGCUCAGAAGAAGUCUGUCUCAAUUUUCAUGGUCUAUUGCAACAGAAACUAUGCAAGAGUGUGAAUAAA